AUGAUCCGGCCAGUCCGCGCCACACUGGCUCGGACUCGACUCCCUCUUCCCCUUCUCCGCCAGCCUGUGCUGCGCGCAUCAUACUCGACACCGACCCCAUCUGAGGCCUCCUCAUCAUCUUCCGCUCCUACAGCGAGUGCUUCCGCACCUCGCAAGCCGAAAGGACCGAAGCGACCUAUCUCCUCUUGCCCCGCUGGAACAGUAAUGACCGGUCUUUCGGUUCUGAAGGACCAGCCUGAUCCGGUCGCAUUACCGGACGACCAGUACCCUGACUGGUUAUGGACAUUGCUGCCGGACCCCAAAGCGGCGGCUGGGAAGGGGCAGGAGUCAGGCGAGGCGAGAAUACCGGGUGAUCUGAAGAGCUCAGCGGAUUUCAGGGAGGAGAAGAAGAGGUUACGAGCUGCCCUCGCGCGUCUGCUCGCGCUGCGCCCCCCGCAUCUUCUCCCCCGAUUCGCCCCCCUCUCCGUCCGCUACAACUCCACCAAUUCCCCAUCGCCAGGCCCAUCGGCCUCAAAAGACCCAGACCAUCCAUACUUGCACUAUCAUACACUUCCUACUCCAGCCCCAGGGCGGAUUGCAUUGUCCUUCUUGCCCCGCCCGCCGAAAGGGCCGAGGAGUCGGACUGUUUUGGGUUACUUGCCGCUGGGGGCUUCGGGUUUGGGGGAUCUGAAGGAGAAUAGAGACUUCUUAGAUAUAUUCCACGCUUCGAUUAGAGAUGGGCUGGAUAAGGGCAAGGCGGAAGCAGCGGGGUUUGAGGCGGCGGGUCGACCAGGCGAUGGGUACAUACACAUUACAGAUGAGCGAGCCUUACCGCCCGCAGGCCGGAUCGGCGAAACAGAGGAUCUCAUCGGCAGCGUCUUUGUCGAGGACGGCAAGAUCAUCGCGUCGACAUAUGAGCCUCUUCCGACCUAUCGCUUGAUUACGGCGAAUGGGCCGGUAUUGUUGCCAAAGGGGCUGGACACGCACCUCAUCGAGGAGCUGGAGCGGAUAGACCAGGAAGAGAGGUCAUAG